CAUCUGCAAAAUCGCCACCAACCAAACCAGCUCCAUCCAUAGACUUGUUGACUGCUCCCUCGCGAUCCCAUCUCCGCCGCCGCCGCCGCCGCCGCCGAGCGAGAUGAGGAAGACGAAGCCGUCGAAGCAGUCGCGCGCGCAGGCGCAGCAGAACGGCGGCGCCGGACACUCCAAGCUCGCCAGGUACUUCGACCCGGAGGCCUCCUGGGACAAGGAUCAACUGCUGGACGCCGUGCACUGGAUCCGGCAGGUGCUCGGCCUCGCCUGCGGCCUGCUCUGGGGAGCCGUCCCCCUCGUCGGCGCCAUCUGGAUCGCACUGUUUGUGACUAUUUCUACUGGGCUCGUUUACUGGUACUAUGCAUACCUGUUGAAGAUUGAUGAGGAAGACUUUGGAGGCCAUGGAGCACUACUUCAGGAGGGAAUGUUUGCCUCUUUCACUCUUUUCCUGCUUUCAUGGACACUCAUAUACAGUUUGGUUCACUUUUGAGAAGCUCCUCUGAUGACAUGUUGCCCAUGGAUGGAAGUUUGUGCACCAUGUUUGGUCAGGAAGGAAUCACCAGAACAGUGUAGAUUAAGGGGGCCAUUUAGAGCAAACUUUGUAUUAUGAAAACCGUUAAAGGCAGUAAUGUUGUUUCCUUUCAGAGUCCCAAUGUAAUUUUGAUAGUAUGGUUUUAACUCAAUGAGGUAGAACAUUGCUUGUCUGAAAAACGUGCUUACCGAGUUAGAACAUUUGUACUGUAUCAUUCAAUUGCAUCCAGCCAAUAAGCCUUUCUAACAAA